UAAGCAACUGAGAAACGAGGUGCCGUUCGGUGCCAUGAUAGUCUACAUUGUUCACCUGAUAUUUGAGGAUCACUUGACUCUAGACAUUGAUCGCAAAACGUGGACAGAAGAGUGCACCUUAGCUCUAAAUAGUCACGGAAAUCGUGAUACAUAUCGGAACAAGAGAGGCAUUUUUAUUGCAUCAGAUGGGACGAGGAAGAGAUGUCUAGCUCUUGAGAAGCUGAUAAACUCUCCCAACGUACAGAGGGCCUUGGGAGCCAGCGCUGAUGAAAUAGGCGAUGCUGUGGUCAAGGCGAUUGCAGCAGGUGGUAUAUAUUAUGAUCAGGAACACAGAGAUUUAUGGUUUAAAAUGGGCAAAAUAUUCAGAGGGGAUUAUGAGAGACUCUCAGCAUAUAGUAUAGCAUAUGCAAUUUUCAAAGGAUUAAUUUAAACAAAUAUAGAUAUCUCAUC